AUGUUCAGUCACCUGGCCUCUUCGUGGGGAGUCCCGUCAUCCGGGACCGCGUGUCGGUCUGCCGCACGCAUGCAAUCAAGAUGUUCGGAUAUGGGGAAACGAUACUUCACUCGCAAUUCAUGCCUACGACAAAACGCUUCCGCGCCGUUUAAUACGCCUCAGUCGCAAAAGCGCAAUGCAUCCACGAUGUACUACACAGCAAGUCUUAUUCUGGGAACGGUCGCCCUCGCAUAUGGGUCGGUCCCUCUAUAUAAGAUGAUCUGUCAGCAGACCGGCUGGAACGGCCAACCCGUCCUCACUCACCGGGGAGGCGAUAACGAUACCUCUUCGCGAGUGACUCCCGUUACAGACUCUCGUCGCCUUCGGAUCACGUUCAAUGGCUCUGUGUCGGAUGUUCUGCCGUGGAAAUUUGUUCCACAACAGAGAGAGGUGCGAGUGCUGCCAGGAGAGACUGCGCUGGCUUUCUACACCGCGACGAAUAAGGGCCCAGCGGAUAUCAUCGGAGUUGCGACAUACAGUGUGACACCCGGCCAGGUGGCUCCCUACUUUAGCAAGAUCCAGUGCUUCUGCUUUGAAGAGCAGAAACUCAAUGCAGGAGAAUCAGUGGAUAUGCCGGUGUUCUUCUUUAUCGACCCUGACUUUGCUAAGGAUCCUGCGAUGAAAGGAAUUGAUACGAUCACGCUAUCAUAUACCUUCUUCAAAGCACGAUAUGACGACAAUGGCGUCCUUAAGCCUAUAGCGUCUUGA